AUGCCAACCAUAUCCUCUGUCCCCCUCAACCAAGGCUCCCCUCCUUCCUCACACCUUCAUUACCCUCAGCCUCCCCGAUCUUCUGCCGUACCUAUUCCGGUUCCCUCCUCCCCGGAUCACAAUCGCAGUCGCACUUCCUCUUCUGCUGCUUCUACUGCCCUUCAGAACUCCGCGCCCGCCGCAGUUCCCGCUCUCUCCCAUUCCGCCACAACAACCAAUAUCACUACUACCACCACCACCGCCGCCGCCGCCGGCGCAGUCACUUCUUCAACCACCACUCCGCCCUUCUCAACAGGUUUGACAGGCUCGGUAAUUGGAUCAAUCUCUCGUCGCAAUCGGCGCUCGUUUGCUGCGUUGGCCCGGGAGAAGACUUCUAGUGCUCUUGCGAAUCUAUCAGCCAUCGGAAGCCCCAGCUACCCACUAAGGCCUUCGGCAUCUUCUGGAAGCCUUUCCAAACACUCGCGCAAGGCUUCGCAGGUCAGCAUCAGCGACCUGCCCGGUGGUACACCCUUGACUCCGCCAUUGUCGGAUAGCAGCACCAGCAGCGAACAAUCCAGCCCUGCGUCCACCGACUACGCCACCAACCGCGUGUUCCCGGCUGUGACUGACCAGUCGACAAACGCCGUCGAUAGACGUCGUCACACCAUCCAGCGAAUUCCUUCCCCCCUCGAACAACUACCGGAGAUCGACUCUCCCAGCACUCCCGCCAAAAUGCAUCAAACAUCCUCGAGAUUGUUGCGUAUGACGGAAGAUGACCGUCCAUUCACCAAGGAUUUCAUGGACUUGUUUUCGACCUUGAUGGUCAGUUUGAAAUUGGAUUCGCAUCGUGUACGAUUCACCAAAUAUGAUCACUCGUUCACAUCGGAAGAGGCCAUCAACAACCUGGGAUCUCUUAAGUUUUCCCAAUCCAACCGCAUGCCGGACCCGAAAGAUCCCUCCCGUAUCGUCACUACCACCACAACCACCACGUUCUCCAUGGCAAAGGAAAUGGCCCGCUCAGUAUGUCAGCGCUUCGUGGACGCUCGUUUCAUUGAAUCUGUGGAUGGAAAAGCAUCGCAAUUGUUUCCCCUCAAGGGCGCACUGUAUCAGCUCACUCCCAAGGGCAUCAAUAUUCUGCAAAGAUUUUGCCAGCGCAACGGUAUCACUGCGCGUCAUGUGAUCGAUGUGUUGGAGUCACCGCGCAACACAAUGCAACUUGUCAAUUUGGAACGCGAUUCUGAGACCGACAAGCUGUCACACGAUCGAGCGACCAUCGAGGUCAUUUUCCGCCGCUUUGCUGGACAGGAUGGCCCCAAUGUCAAGAGCAGCAUCUCGACUUCUGAUUCUGAUUCAUUGAGCGAUUAUUCGAACGGAUUGGUAGGCGUGAAGAUGGCCAAGGAGCGCAAGAUCAAGGACAAGAUUUUUUCCAACACUUUUACUGGCAAGGCUGCGGUCGACUGGUUGAUGGACUGUUCGACUACCAUUGAGCGUCGGGAAACGGUUCUUAUUGCUGAGCUUUUUGUCAAGUACGGGUUGAUCAUGAUGCUGCAAGAAGACCAAUUCAUCAACUUGCCCGACGACUCGAUAGCUACGUUCCAACCCUCGAAGAACGCUAUUUACGGAAUUACCGAACGCGGUCAGCGAGUAUGCGGGUGGAUUGCACGGGACAAGGCUCGUGACACUUCGAUGUACGACAGUCGGGGUAUCCCACGAGACUCGAACAACGCGCGGUUGAACCACAUCCUCCACGAUCCUGCUUUGCGACUUCUGUUCCGUGAAUUCCUGCGCUUCUCGCUCUGUGAAGAGAACCUGUCUUUCUACCUCGACGUGUCUGAAUUCACCUCGGCUUACCAUAAGGCGGAGAAGGUUGGCACAUUCAGGAAGCCCGAUUCUGUACGGGAGACUUUGGCUGCGGCAUACGGUCUGUACAACGCGUUUCUGGCCCCUGGCUCGCCAUGUGAGCUGAACAUCGAUCACGCCCUGCGGAACAGUCUUGCCAGCCGCAUGACCAAGGCAGUGGGAGACGACGAGUCCAUGCUCAAGAGUCUUCAAGAGGUGGUACACCUAUUUGAGAUGGCACAAACGUCUGUUUUUAAGUUGAUGUCAAGCGACUCCGUUCCCAAGUUUCUUCGCGAUCCCAAGUGUGCUAGCAUCCUUCAGGAGCACGAUGUGGAUUUGAUUGGUGCCCCGCGGUCUUACUCUCCAACUCCGGCUCCGGUACCGGAGCGGUCGGCAAGCCGCUCGGCGCGUCCUUGA